AUGACUAUACGGCAAUUGAAAGAAAUCCUUGCCACUAAUUUUGUAGAUUUCAAGGGAUGUUGUGAGAAAUGGGAACUAGUAGAAAGAGUGAAAAGACUUUUUAAAGAAAAAAAUGAAUUGAGACAAAAAGCUGAUGAAAUACUUAAUGAAAACGAAGAACAUAGUAAUAGCAGUAGUGGUGCUAAUGACUCAAAUUUUGAUGAACUCUGUAAAAUUUGUAUGAGUAGUCCAAUCGACUGUGUACUUCUAGAAUGUGGUCAUAUGGUGACGUGUACAAAAUGUGGCAAAAGAAUGGCGGAGUGCCCGCCGCCUCCUGAUUCAAGACCUGCCAGGCAACGUGCUUCAAUCAGUGACCUCUCUGAGAUAAACGAUAUUGACAAUAUGACUAUACGGCAAUUGAAAGAAAUCCUUGCCACUAAUUUUGUAGAUUUCAAGGGAUGUUGUGAGAAAUGGGAACUAGUAGAAAGAGUGAAAAGACUUUUUAAAGAAAAAAAUGAAUUGAGACAAAAAGCUGAUGAAAUACUUAAUGAAAACGAAGUGCUCGUCUUAGUGUGUAUUGGAUUGGCAAUAGGUUUGAUUGUCAGCGUUACGGCGGGUCAGGACAAGACAAUUUCAGUCGGUGUUUCUGACGAUAUAACAACAACACAAGAAUCUACUAAAUUGCCAGGUCAAGUGGAAGGUCGAGACGCAUACGAGCAUGCUGCAGUGGCCUCGGAUGCCGCCGUGUGCUCUAUUAUUGGAAGAGAAGCACUUCAAGAUGGUGGGCAUGCAGUAGAUGCUGCCAUCGCAGUACAUCUAUGUAACGGAGUUGUUCAAUGCCAUGGAAGCGGCAUUGGUGGAGGGGGUUUCAUGACUGUAUAUAAUCGCUAUCACAAAACGGCAGAGAUUAUCGAUGCGAGAGAGACUGCUCCGGGAGAAGCUACCCAGUUUAUGUUUCUCAAUCACUCAUCAGUGGUCGGAGGGUUGUCUAUAGGAGUACCUGGUGAAAUAGCUGGCUACUGGAUGGCUCACCAACGUUUUGGCAAAUUACCAUGGGAACGACUUUUUCAACCAACUAUCGACAUGAUGGAAAAUGGGAUCAUAAUGACUGAAGCUCAGUUUUAUUUCGUCACUAAAAAUGAAGAUAUAGUACGCAACAAUACAAUAUUAAGUACCAUCUUCGUCAAGGAUAAUGGACAGUUGGUUAGAACUGGUGAACACUUCACUAUGCCGUUGUUAACUGAAACUUUCAAAAAAAUAGCUGCAGGUGGUGAGAGGGUUUUCUAUAAUGGCGAUCUUUCCCAACAAAUCGUAUCAGAGAUACAGGCAGCUGGCGGAAUAAUCACGCUGGAAGACUUAAAAUUGUAUUCACCUGUUAGACGUCAACCAGUCACGAUUAAGCUGAAUGACAACACUAUGUACUCACCGCCCCCACCGUCAAGUGGCGUUGUUUUACAACUUAUUCUGAAUAUUCUAGAAGGUUUUAAUUUCACGCGGGAGAGUAUUUCCAAAGUUGAUGAAGCCAUCCUCACUUAUCACCGAGUGCUCGAAGCGUUCAAACUAUCAUAUGCAAGAAGGACUGAGUUAGGAGAUACGUCGUUUGUCGACAUCAGAGAGCUCGUUGAAUCCAUGCAAACUGGACAACUUGCCGAAGAAUUACGAUCUAGAAUCACGGAUACCAUGACACACAAAACGCAGUAUUAUGGAGGGAUAUAUUCACAAAUCGACGAUGCAGGAACCUCGCAUAUAUGCAUCCUGGAUGAACACGGAAACGCCGUAUCCAUGACCAGCACAAUAAACUAUGAUUUCGGUUCUCAAGUCGUGGGCAAUGUGACUGGUAUUAUAUACAACGACGAAAUGGACGAUUUCUCAACACCGGGUCUGACCAAUACGUGGGGCUAUGAACCAUCUCCGGCAAAUUACAUUACUCCUGGAAAACGCCCUCUGUCAUCAAUGUCUCCUUCUAUUAUCGUUGAUAAAACUGGGGAUGUUGUUAUGAUGGCGGGAGCUUCUGGCGGAAGUCGCAUCAUAUCCAGCAUGUCUUUGGCAAUCAUCAACGCAAUGUGGUUUGGGGAUUCCUUGGAAGAGGCGAUCAUGAGACCUCGAAUACAUCACCAACUAUUACCGACGGAAGCAGGAUAUCAGCCACAAUUAAACCAGCAAAUUAUUGAAGGACUACAGUCGAAAGGUCACGUGAUGUAUGUAAUGGGGUCCGAUGCAGAGCAAGCUGUGCAGGGAAUUUUACGUCGUGGCGGAUGGAUAUACGGGUUUUCGGACGAGAGAAAGGGUGGUAAAUCGGCAGGUUAUUGA